UGACGAUUCGUAGCACGAGAGAGACAGAGAGAAUCCGACAUUCUUGUUGUUACUGCUGUUGUUCGCUAUCCACGCCCACAGUCCCCCAGCAGCAGCAGCAGCAGCCAGCAACGUCGUUACAAAUCGCGGUGCCUUCGGAUUUCUCGCCUCUGGGUCUCGAUUUCAGAGGUGGAGACGUGGUUUCGGUCAAGUGGGUGUCUGACAGUCUGAGGCUUUUGCUUGUUCGGUGUUUCUGGUUUUGGGGAGAGAAGGGAGGGGAGAAGAUGCAGAUGCAGAGAGUGGAGAAUAUGGAGCGGCAUGCCUUCCUGGACGAGUACGAGAAGCUCGUGUUUCGCAUGAACACCCCGAGGGUUGUGAUUGACAAUGGUGUUUGCCCCACUGCCACUAUUGUCAAGGUCGACCAUGCGAGAAAACAUGGGAUUCUUUUGGAGGCAGUCCAGAUCCUCACUGAUCUCAACCUUUCCGUCAAGAAGGCUCACAUUUCGUCUGAUGGGAAAUGGUUCAUGGAUGUUUUCCAUGUGACUGAUCAAAACGGAAAGAAAUUAACAGAUGAGAGCGUUAUCAGCUACAUGGAACAGUCUCUCGGAACCAUUCACUACACGAGCACCAGUGACUACACUGGCCUAACCGCGCUAGAGCUGACCGGCACAGACCGGGUCGGCCUGCUCUCCGAGGUGUUCGCAGUGUUGGCCAAUCUGCAAUGCAAUGUCGUGGAGGCCAAAGUGUGGACGCACAACGGCAGGAUUGCUUCCCUAAUUUAUGUCAAGGACUGCAAUUCCGGGUCCCCGAUCGAGGACUCGCAGCAGAUCGAUACAAUCGAGGCACGGUUGAGGAACGUUCUCAAGGGAGAUAACGACAUUAGGAGCGCGAAGACGUCAGUUUCUCUGGCGGUGACACACACUGAGAGAAGACUGCACCAGAUGAUGUUUGCGGAUCGGGAUUAUGAGAGGGAGCCAGUCCUACAGCUGAAUGGCGGCUCUCCAGUUGUGACAGUACAACAUUGGGCCGAUUACUCAGCCGUGAACGUUGAGUGCAAGGACAGAACGAAGCUUCUGUUCGAUGUGGUGUGCACAUUGACGGAUAUGGAGUAUGUCGUCUACCACGCGACCAUUGAUACUACUGGGGAUAGAGCAUCUCUGGAAUUCUGGAUUAGGCACACGGAUGGAACCCCGAUUAAUUCCGAGGCUGAGAGGCAACGUGUGAUCUUAUGUCUGCAAGCUGCUGUCGAGAGACGAGCAUCUGAGGGUGUGAGGUUAGAACUAUGCACAGCGGAUAGACCGGGCCUUGUAGCAGAGGUCACGAGGACAUUCCGCGAGAACGGCCUCAACGUGACGAGGGCCGAGAUAUCCACCACGUUGGGCACAGCUUUCAACGUGUUCUACAUGACGGACGCAGCAGGGAACCCGGCAGACGCGAAGAUCAUCGUGGCAGUGAGGCAGAGGAUUGGGCUGAGCGAGCUGCAAGUGAAGGAGUUGCCACUGAUCUACCACAGAAGCCCGGAGAGCGAAGAAGAGGAAGCAGGCGGGGUUGCCGGGGCGGUGCUGCUGUCACUCGGAAGCAUAGUGAAGAGGAAUCUGUACAACUUGGGGUUGAUCUGAUCAUGUUCUUGAAAA